UCUUUUUCUUUUAGACUGUCUCUUCUCUCUCUCUCUCUCUCUCUCUCUCUCUUUCACUCUUUUCUCCGUGUGGAAAAAUGCAACGUAUUACCGUUUCCAACAACUAGCGAAUCCCCAUCACACCACCCCCACUCUUUCCUUCCGAUCUCUCUUCCCCAAAAAUCCCACCAUGAAGUCAACCACCAAACUCCCACCGCCACCAUUCCUCCUCCUCCUCACCCUUACAAUUACCCUCACACUCUCUCUCCUCCCUACCGCCGACCCCGCCGACGCUAAUCCCACCGACGCCGCCGCCCUCGCCGCACUCAAAUCCUCCCUCCGUGGCCGCUGGAACACUACCGCUUCCAACGCCUGUAACUGGCAAGGGGUCCAGUGUAACCAACAAGGUCGCGUCGUCGAGCUACAUUUGCCUGGUGUUGGAUUCGGCGGCCCAAUACCAAACAACGUCUUAGGAAACCUUUCUUCUCUUAAUUUUCUCUCUCUUCGGUACAAUGCGCUCACCGGGAAUAUCCCCUCCGACUUCGCAUCACUCUCGCAGCUCAAGUACCUAUACCUGCAACACAAUCUCCUUUCCGGCGAGAUUCCGGAUGUUCUUUUCUCGAUGCCGGAGUUAUUCCGUCUUGAUUUGGCCGGGAAUAGAUUCUCCGGUGGGAUCCCGUUAGGGUUUAACAAUUUAUCUAAUUUAGCCACAUUGUUUCUUCAGAGUAACCAAUUGACGGGUCCGAUUCCUGAUUUGAAGCUUAAUAAUCUCAAGCAGUUCAAUGUUUCGCAUAAUUUGUUGACUGGGACUAUCCCUUCGCAGUUUUGCGGGAUGCCGUCCACGGCUUUUGAAGGGAAUUCUCUCUCCCCUUGCGCUAAUACUGGACCUUCUGCCGCCCCAGCUAGUGGCGAUGGAGGCGGUGGUGGUGGUAAGAAGAAAAGUAAGCUGUCGGCCGGAGCGAUUGCUGCUAUUGUCAUUGGUUGUGUGAUUGCAUUGCUGGCUAUUCUACUAUUGAUUUUCUUUUGCUGCUGUAAAAGAAAGAAAAACACGGAGCAACAGCCUGGAACAAGGUCCUUAGAUGCUGUUGCCGCAGCUGGUGCUGUUGGUGGUAAGCAAUCAGAUGUGGAGGCGGGGGCAGAGAGAACGGCGGAGAGGAACGGUGAGAGCUCCGCCGCUGUGGGUGCCGCUGCAGCAGCUGCCGCUGCUAAAUCUAGUGGUGGUAAGAGUGGCGGUGGUGUUGACAAGACACUGGUGUUUUUCGGUAAUGGGCCUAGAGUUUUCGAUCUGGAUGAUUUGUUGAGGGCUUCUGCGGAGGUUUUAGGGAAAGGUAACUAUGGGACGACGUAUAAGGCGUCGUUGGAUAACGGUGUCGCCAUGGCGGUGAAGCGGCUGAAGGAUGUGACGGUGACGGAGAAGGAAUUCAGGGAGAAACUCGAGGAGAUUGGAAGAUUAGAACAUGAGAAUUUGGUGAGUCUUAGAGCUUACCAUUGUAGUGCUAAUGAGAAGCUGCUGGUUUAUGAUUACUUCCAAAUGGGGAGCUUGUCUGCUCUGUUACAUGGCAACCGAGGAGGUGGAAGAACACCAUUAAACUGGGAAACUAGGUCUGCAAUCGCUCUAGGAGCCGCACGUGGCAUUACUUACGUCCACUCAAAGAGUCCCACGACUUCCCAUGGAAACAUCAAGUCAUCUAACAUCCUUCUUUCCGACUCUUAUGAAGCUCGAGUAUCAGAUUGUGGCCUGGCGCAUCUUGCAACUCCAACUGCGUCUCCAAAUCGGGUUGCUGGAUAUCGUGCGCCAGAGAUUACUGAUCCUCGUAAAGUAUCUCAAAAGGCCGAUGUGUACAGUUUCGGUAUUUUCCUAUUGGAGUUGCUUACUGGCAAAGCGCCUACCCAUGCUCUUUUGAACGAGGAAGGGGUGGACUUGCCACGGUGGGUGCAGUCAAUUGUUCGAGAAGAAUGGGCCGCAGAAGUAUUUGACAUGGAGCUUCUACGGUAUCAAAAUGUUGAAGAAGAGAUGGUUAAGCUCUUACAACUCGCAAUUGAUUGUUGUGCUCAAUACCCAGAUAGUCGUCCUUCAAUGGAUAAUGUAACUAGUCGCAUCGAAGAAAUUUGUCAAUCUUCAUUAACGUCUGCACAAGACCCGCUUGGAGACAUCACUAGUGAUCCAGAAACACCUUCCAGACCGAGCUAGAAGCUAGAUCCUUUUGAGGUGCGCACAUCCAUCCAACAGACUCAAUUGAUUAAAAAAAAAAAAACUACCAAUUCUUACAAUUGUUUACCUCAAUUUUAUAGAAAUACUCAAAAUUGUUUGUUUAUUCUUGAAACUCUCCUUGUUUGAUUUAGAUUCUUUUCUCAUUACGGUUCUUUCUGUACUUACUUUUUUUGUUUUCUUCAUUAAUUUUGUUCAAUCAAGGAACCCUUUAUCUCUCCUAUUUCACCUGUAAUUUUUUUAUUCCAAUGUUUUUGUACUUAUAUUCAACAUUAUUUAUUGUUGAUUGUUUGAGCUGAAAUGUGAAUAAUGCAUUAAUCAUUGUUUCUUUCAA